GUUAUGAACGUUAUUUGCUCACGUUGUUUGUUUUAGAAAGGGCAAUUAAAGAGCUUAGGGAACACGAAAAAUGAAUACCCGUGAUGAACAUGUACAAUGCCCAUACGUUGCAUCCCAUUCGAUUUUGAAAAAACGUUUUCAGGUGCAUCUGGUGAGGUGCCGGAAGAAUUUUUUACAUGUUUCCAAGGUGACGUGCCCUUUCAAUGUGACUCAUAUCCUUAAUGAGCCGGAGCUUGAUUGGCACGUCCAAAAUUGUCCUGACCGCGCUGGUUAUGAGCAUUAUAGGCGCGGAGAAGAACAAGCUGCAGCGGAUGGGGCGACUACAUCAGCACAAACACGGGAAUACCCAUUGGAAACCGAAGAAAAUUGGGAUGACUUGCCGCCCGUGCCAACCUAUAAUCCACAGGAAUAUGCUGAAAAUGCUCAGGUUCUUCGAAAUUUACGAGGACAUUCCAAGUCCGUUAAAAAACAAUUUCGUUCAAAUGAAAGACUCCGUUUAAUGGGCAUUAAUCGGGACAAAGAAUUAAACCAAUAAAAAAACCUGAUGGAUAUGUUCCCUUCAUCAGGCUUAAAUUGGACAAUUACUCUACAGUAGAAGGGUAAAAACGACUUUAAAUACUAAAGCUUAGUAAUUGUAAUCUCAAUAUAGUAUUUUAUAUUGGUUUGACAACCCCAUAGUCAUGGACAGAA